ACGAAGGAAGCGCUGAAGAAACCAAACGGCGUCCAACAGACAAUGGCCGCUUCAUCGCCGGCAGCAAAUAACACCACCGCCUCGGCCGCCGUGCCCUCCGUCGCCGCCACUGUCCCGGCGACCAACGCGUCGAAGAACCUUCGCGGCCUCAACAAGCCAAAGUGUAUCAAGUGCGGCAACGUCGCUCGAUCCAGGUGCCCAUAUCAGUCAUGCAAGAGUUGCUGUGCAAAGGCUCAAAAUCCAUGUCACAUACAUGUCUUAAAGUCCAACGCAGCUUUUUCGGACAAGACGCCAUCUUCUGCGUCCCCUUUAUUCGAUCAGCAGUCAACUGAGGCAUCUCCCGCUGGGAAUUCACAUAGGCUUACUUCACUUCGGCAACUCUCCAAUAACUUUGCGCAAUUCAAUAAUUUGCAGAGCCCCCUUAGAUCAAGGAAGCCACUGACCAGAAAGGAUGCUGCAAUUAUAAAUGAAUGGAGGUUUCUGAAAUUGAAAGAAUACAAGGAGGGAAACCGGGAAGCAGGAAAUCAGGCUUUUGACCGGUACGUGGAGAACAUUAGUUUACUAGAGAAGUUGUUUGGUAUGAAUUCUACGGGUGAAGGAUCCAUCAGUUCCCACUUCUCAGAAAGUAACUCUACAUCUGUGGAAGACAGCAAUAAGAUGGUGGAAGCAGGGCUAAAAUUAAAGCUGGCAUGGAAACCUACUAGGACUGAAAAUCUUAGAAAGAGACUCAGAGUCAUCAUUGAUCAAGGACUAGCAAAGCUUCGGAAGAUUGAGUUAGAUAAUGGGUGCAAUAACUUAAACAAGCAAGAUGCACUGAUCAAAAAUCAAGAGAAAGUAAGAUCUUGGCCUGCCGAUAGGGCGUCAGCUUUAGAUGAUCUUCUUGAUAAGUUGAAUAAAGCUCGAAAUGAGGAAGAUCUAAAAUCUUGCUUGGAGAUGAAACAUCAGCUCUUCAAUCAGCAUAGGACAGCCCAAACUAUGACAGAAGGAAGCGAGAUGUCUGAGCAGGAGACCUCUGAAAAUGAUUCUUCCCUUGGAUUACUACAGUCGGAUUAUUCCAUACCGAAAUGGUUUAGCACGGCCACCGUUGAUCAAGAUGCUCUUAAUCAGAUUGAUAUACGUUUUUCUUCACUCGGGGAGGACAUAUUAUCUCUAUAAUAAUUUGACAUACAUUUCAAGGGGGGGAUUGGAUUUUAUCCCAGACAAGGUGGUCAUAAUAUUGUGGCUAUGUUCUGGACUCCAGAAGGAUGUCCUAAUGAAUGAUGACCCAUUUGGUUGAAAGGGAGGGCGGUAUUCAUCAUACUAAACAUCAAGCUCAACAUAUGCACGUAGAUUGAGAAUUGCGUUUUACUUCAGGCUGCUUAUUUCUGACUUGAAAAUAGAGAUUUCCAUCCCAUCCAUCCAUGGUUGUAUGGAUCUGGGUGCAGCACAAAUCAUCAGAAGGGGGCUUCGGUGGAGAAGGCUCCCUACUUUGUUGAUUUCAGUGAGUCUAAUUAUCUGCCUUCCAAACAAAUCCUCGUUUGUUACAUGCUGCUCCUCUUUUUUUUUUUUUCUUUUUUUCCUUUUUUGGCCGUGUGUUUGAUGCUGCUUUAAUGAGAUACCAUAACUUUAUUUGUCUUUAA